CAAAUCCUCGCUCUACAUAAUGAAGGUCCUCAGUAUCAUAACACUUCUAGCUAUUGCAGUCCCCAAUGUGUCUGCAAAAAACUGCAGGGGUGAUUUAUGGUAUUGCGGUCAUACCCUGCAGGACAUCGCAAGCGACAACAAUUAUGAUAAACAAAUCAGGGAAGCACUUCGAGCAGCCGGACAGCCAACUGACACGCUACACAUGAAGCAGUCCCUAUUCCGUUGCAUGAGUAGCGUUGAUGGGGAUGUCAGGUUCCUUGAAUUCUGCGAGUGUGGAUGUGCAGAUGAAGGCUGGGACAGGUAUGAUGAGUGUUACUCAUGUUUCCAUGAGAGGAAUGGACUCUAAGGAAUGUCAUAUUUGGAGGUAUUUUGGGAGUGUGCCUUGUCUGUCAGGACCAGACCAAGCAGAGAAGCUACUGGUUCUUAGCUAGCUUUUUAUAAUCUGGCUGGUUAAAGGGCUCGCGCAAAUAGAAA